AUGGCAGACACCUGCUUUUCUGGGCCCUGUGCUCCCAUGUCCUCAGCUGUCUCUGUCUGCUCCAGUGACGUCAGCUGCGGCAGCAACGUCUGCCUGCCCAGUUCAUGCCCGGGCUCCUCCUCACAGAUGGAAGACUGCCCUGAGAGCUGUUGUGAACCCAGCUGCUGUGGGCCCUCCUGCUGCCCAGAACCCUGCUGCACAACCUCCUGCCUGACCCUGCUGCUCUGCCACCCAGUCUGCUGUGUGCCUGCCGCCUGCCAGACAGCCUGUGAACCCAGCCCCUGCCAGUCUGUCUGUACCUUCUCCUGCUCCCCAUCAGGCUGCCAGCAGUCCUGCUGCCAAGACCCUAGCUGCUCUGCCUCCCCCUGCUCAGUGCAGUCCUGCUACUGUGUCCCUCUGUGCUGCAAGCCCAGCUGCUGCAUCACCCUGCCUGUGUGCUGCAAGCCCAGCUGCUGUGUGACCACAGCCUGUUGUCCAGCCUCCUCCUGCUGCCAGCCCAGCUGCUGCCGCCCUGCCUCCUCUGUGUCCCUCAUCUGCAGGCCCGUGUGCAACCCAGCUGCCUGCUGCGUGCCUCUCUCCUGCAGACCCUCCUGCCGCACCACCACGUCCUCCGCCUCUUGCUGCUGUGCCCCUUCCUGCUGUCCAGCUACCACAUGCUGCCGCCCUGCCUCCUCUGUCUCCCUCAUCUGCCGGCCCACCUGCUGA